GUUCGAACUGCUAAGGAGCACCUCCUGAAGAAGAGUAUUGAGCAGCUUGUGAAAGUACAGAAUGAACUACUGGAAACUGUGAAAGAAGUCAGCAAAACCAAGAAACGCUAUGUCCAAAUGGAACACGUCAGCGAGGUGGCUAAAGAGAAGGCAGCUGACACUGAAGCCAGGUUAAAGAAGAGUGAUCAUAGCAUCUUUCAUUCCAAAGCCAGCCUGCAAAAGCUCAGUGCCAAGUUUUCCACACAGCUGGUGGUAUGUACACAGCAAUUAUCAGACGCGCGAAAUGAGUACCUCUUGGCUCUGGCUGCCGCUAAUGCCCAUCUUGAUCUUUACUACUUGACACACUUGCCUGAAAUCAUGAAGUGUUUAGAUGGGGAUCUUUAUGAGAGACUUCGGGAUUACCUUUCACUAAUCAACAAGACUGAACUUAACAUCUGUAAGUCAACACAGGAACGUUUUGCAGACAACCUGGAGGCUUCACUUCAAGUUUCUCGGCAACAAAAUUUACAGCUUUUUCUGAAGGAUACCAAUUUGUUCUCCCUGUUACCUAUUCAGCAGUUUCACCCUGCUGGGACAGAUAAGGUGUCAAAGCUAGAAACACUCAUUAAAGGUCCAGAGGCAGAGAAUGUGUUGGAUAAAGAGGCACGAAGAUGGACAAGUCGAGCAGCAAGAGAUUAUAAAUUGAAAACCCAUGGUGAAAGGGUUCUACAAAGACUGGAAGCUAGGAGGAAAAUUGCUGCCGAAGAUGAGCUGCCUAGCAUGGAUCUGAAAAUAGAGGAAGUAAAGGAGAGCGUGCGGAAAGCUGAGGUCAGUAAAGUAAAAGCAGAUGCCCGGGUGGAGUUGUUGCGCCAGGUCGGAGUGGAUGUGGACACAUGGCUAUCUGGUGCUAUGACACAGGCUAAUGAAGAGCUUGAGCAAGAGCGACGUCUGAGCGAAGCCCGGAUGUCAAAUGGAGAGAUGUCACCCACUAUGGGUUAGCACUUCAGCCUGGCAGUACUUGGGUUGUUUGUAGGCAGUUUCACACCUUCGAGAUUACGUUUCUUAGGUUUGUAAUACUGUUCUUUGUAUUUUUAUCCUGAUAGGCUGCCCAGCCAGAUGAACUGUCCAUCACACAAGGUGAGGUGCUGGAGGUCAUUGAAGAUGGAGAUGUUGAAGAAUGGGUGAAGGCCAGAAACAAGAGUGGACAGGUUGGCUAUGUACCAGAAAAAUACAUUAACUUCAUUAAACAGAGUGCUGCACAUUCCAUGGACACUGGUCAUGACAGGGGACUAUGUACAGAAAAAUCAUUCUCUGCAAUAUCCAAGCUGGAAUGGGCUGAUGCAGGAGUAUCUCUUGCCCGAGCACUGUAUGAUUACGAAGGACAGAGUGAAGAAGAGCUUAGUUUUCUGGAAGGAUCCAUUAUUCAAAUCGUCCGUAAAGAAGAGGAAGGAAUAGAUGAUGGCUUUUGGAUGGGAGAAUUCAAUGGACGUGUUGGAGUGUUUCCAUCGCUUAUGGUGGAAGAGUUGUCGGGGGAUAAUUCAGAAACAAACCAGGAUCUUCCUUCUCCUGCUCCACCUACCUGCCUUCCUCCAAUGCUUUCUCCACUUUCCAUCACUAGAUCCUCGCUACAAGGAACAGCUGCUGCAGAACCAGACUACCAGACAGAACCAUGUUUUUCAGGGAGUGCGCAGAGCUAUCCCCCGGAUUAUUUCAGCAACACGCCAUGAGACCAAUGCGAGCAGCACCUCCACCUCCAACCAAGUCCCCAGACACCCUACCUGCUGACCACUGA